ACAUCUGAAGGGAUGGUCCGAUGUCAACGAAAUCAAAAUCGUUAGGGUCUGGGGGAAUGUAAAGAAAAAGAAAAAAAUUGCAAGGGAAAUAACUUACAGACAAAAAGCAUACUUCUCGAUUCCCUCCCUUAGUUUUAAGUUAAGUUACCGCAAUAGUUUUUUAGUCUUCUUUUACUUCUCCACCCCCUCUUCCCUCCCAUUACUCUCUUCUCACUCACUGUUGUUUAUAUAUCUUAUUACUCAUUCAACUUCCAACUUACAGAGUUGUGCGGUGGAAGUAGUAAACUACAGAAUACAGAAACAGAGACUAAAACGUCAUGGACACCAGGAGUUUAGAUCGCCCUGUGGCAAUAGCUGUGAAACGAAAUUUAACAACAGACUCACCCGAGAGUCAUACUUUGUGUCCAAGUGAUAUAAAAAUGUCGAAACACGUGACGAAAACAGUUGAUGAUGAGUUCCGUAAAGUGGCUGAUUCAAUUCUUCAUCGGAGCCAGUCCAAUUCUCUCAAAGUAGCAUCAGCCCCUUUUGAAAUACCAGAGUAUCCAAUUGAAGAGAAAGAACAGAAGACCUACCUAGAACGUCAACUAAGAUCAAGUUUCAGAUACCCUCAUAAAUGUGACCAUAACCACAGACGUAUUGUUUCCAGUCCUUGGAUGCACUAUAAUGAACCUGAAGAUGAAGCAAAUCGCUGUUGGAAAAGAGCAGAGAGUGUUCCAGAUAUUGACGAGACUAAAUCUACCCCUGACAUUGAUCUGUCUCCAAUGUUUGAAAGAAUCUCCAUAGUCAACAAAUGUGGAGUUCAAGGAAAACAUUUCAGUGGUAUCCCACUGAAAGACCUCGAAGAAGCUUCCAAGAGCUUAGUCAAGGCGCUUACCGUUCGAGAGAAGUACAUGAUGCUCUCUCAGCAGGGUUUCCCCAAAAUCAUCAACAGAUGUCUGCAGAGUGUGAUUGACAAGAAUGAUUUCCACAUGAUUUCUGAUGGUUGUGCUGCUUGUGAAAAGAAAACAAUCAAAGGUUAUCUCAAAAUAUGUAGCUCCAAAUUUGCGCCAGAUGAAGAGACUCACUAUUGUUCUGCAUCAGAUAUAACUUCUAACGAUCACCAAUGCAUGAAGGGCAUUGAAGAUCACCCUAUCCAUGCACCGAGAACUGACGGAGAUCCAUUUGAUUGUAUACUGCCAAAUAGUGUGAAUUGUGCGUUCAAAAUGGUGAAUGGUGUGAUGAAAGUGUACCUCGAUAAAGCAUCCAUGGAUCAAGACAAGCCAUUUGAUUGGACAUACCCAGACUGUGCUACUUUCCUAAACGAUCAGAAUAUCAUGUAUACACUUAUCAGUGAUGGACCAUUGAAAUCAUUCUGUUACCAGCGCCUCAGUUAUCUAUCAUACAAGUACCAAUUACAUGUUUUGUUGAAUGAACUAAAGGAAUCAGCUGCCCAAAAAGAAGUGCCCCACCGUGAUUUCUACAACAUCAGAAAGGUGGAUACACACAUCCAUGCAUCCUCGUGCAUGAAUCAGAAACAUCUACUGAGGUUCAUCAAAAAGCAAAUGAAAGUUAAUCCCGAUGAAAUUGUCUCCUGCGGCAAGGAUGGCAAAAUGAUGAAGCUGAAAGAGGUUAUACAAUUGGUGUUUGAUAGUCUUGGAAUCAAUACAUACGAUCUCAAUGUGGACAUGCUCGAUGUUCAUGCAGAUCGAAACACUUUCCAUCGAUUUGACAAAUUCAAUGCCAAAUACAACCCGAUUGGCCAAAGUGAAUUACGUGAAAUUUUUAUUAAAACUGACAAUCACAUCGGGGGCAAAUACUUUGCAAAUGUAAUAAAGGAAGUGAUGAGUGAUUUGGAGGAGAGCAAAUAUCAAAAUGCCGAAUACCGUUUGUCUAUAUAUGGCCGUUCUAAACAAGAAUGGGAGAAACUAGCCAAAUGGGCUGUGGUCAACCAAGUCCAUUCAGAUAAUGUUCGUUGGUUAAUCCAAAUUCCUAGGUUAUAUGAUGUGUAUCGUUCCAACAAGUUAGUGAGCAACUUCCAACAGAUCUUAGAGAAUAUCUUCGAACCAUUGUUUGCUGCUACAAAUGAUCCUAAGAGUUAUCCUCAGUUACAUGCUUUCCUUCAGUAUGUUUCAGGUUUUGAUUCUGUGGAUGAUGAAUCGAAAUCUGAGCAUGUGGUAUUUGAUGCUGACAGUCCCUUUCCACGCAACUGGACCAAUGAUGAGAACCCACCAUACAAUUACUAUUUGUACUAUAUGUUUGCUAACAUGACCGUCCUCAAUCAAUUCCGCAGAGAACGUGGUUUCAAUACAUUUGUUCUUCGGCCACAUUGUGGAGAAGCUGGCAAUGUGACUCACUUGGUGGCUGGUUAUAUGCUCAGUGAAAGUAUUGCUCAUGGACUGGUCCUCAGAAAGGUUCCAGUUCUUCAGUACCUCUACUACCUGGCUCAGAUUGGUAUUGCCAUGUCACCACUCAGCAACAAUUCACUUUUCUUGAAUUACCACAGAAAUCCUUUGCCGGAAUAUUUUGCCCGAGGACUUAAUGUUUCCGUUUCAACAGAUGACCCUCUUCAGUUCCACUUCACAAAGGAACCUCUGAUGGAAGAGUACAGUAUUGCCGCCCAGGUGUGGAAGUUAAGCACUUGUGAUAUGUGUGAGAUUGCCCGCAACAGUGUUCUACAGAGUGGAUUCCCUCAUGAGGUUAAACAGCAUUGGUUAGGCCCUAAUUACACACGUGAAGGAGUUCCAGGGAAUGAUGUGAGUCGUACCAAUGUUCCAGACAUUCGAGUGGCGUACCGCUAUGAGACGCUGGUGGAAGAGUUGCAGUAUAUCUGCCGUGGACUGCAAGCUGGUAUCCCAGAGAGCAACUCAAAUGAGUAGAAGAUAUUAAAAAAACACAUAUAAACAACCCCUUCCUCAUUCCCCUAAAAAUUAUUUCUGUUGCUAUUGUUUAAUAACAUUAAAGUAGA